CUGCCUAUAACCAAGUGACCUGCCUGUUUCAGCGGGUUUUUCUCUGAUCUCUCCCCUCUGUAGUCUGGAAAAGCGCAAGGGGCGUUGAACGUCCAUUCCUUUAUACUCUUUCUUCAAGCUCAAGUAGCCCUUUGUUUUUAUCUCCUUUUUAUCCAUUUCUCCCAUUUUCUUGACUCUCUGAGAGGUCACUGGCUCUUUCUGUCCUUGUUUUUUGUCGGUCACAUUAGCAUUCCCUUCAUUCAAGAUGGUUUCCCGCAAGCUUAUGGCUGCUUAUGCCUUCUUCGACGUCUGCCUCCUCGCUGCUGGCAUCGUCGCUUUGGUUCUCUCCAUCACUUGGCGCGCCCCCGAUGUUCUCAUGAACAUGGUGCUCUCCAAUUCCGAAUUGACUGCCGGAACAAUCCUUGGAGUAUCCUUACUCGUCACAUUCGUUAUAUCAGUGGCGGCCGUUGUCCAACGCAGCCAUGUCACCCUCGGUUUUGUUAUCCUCAAUUGGGCUCUCCUACUCGACGCGCUCGGCAUCGUGGUUAUCGGCACCUUCGUCUGGUACUGGACCUUGCAACCACGGGCCAACUUUAGGGUGCUGUGGGAAGCCGCAUCUCCCGCCACUCGUAUCAUCCUGCAAGACCGCCUCAAGUGCUGUGGCUAUUUCAAUGGCACCGACCUCGCUGAAAUCGGCGGAUCGUUCUGCACCAGCCGAGAGGUCAUCGAUGCUCUGCCGGUUGACCCAGAAUUCAUGACCAACUUCUGCGUUACGCCCAUCACUGCUUUUGCUGAUUCAACUUUGAAUAACAUCUUCACAACCGUUUACGGUUACAUGGCUAUUGUUAUUUGCCUGUUCCUUACCUCGUUGUGUGUCAUCAAGAAGAGGCAAGAGGAUGAGCGUUUCAAGAGGAUCGAUGCCAAACGUGGUGGACGAGGUUUCGUGUAAAUCAUUCGGUGGACCCGGAGACGACCUUCCUAUUCAGCGCACUGCCUACCAUCUCUACCCUUCCCUUUCGAAUUUCAUCCCUCCAUGACUAGCUAGCUAUCACUCCUUUCUCUGUAAACCAUCUCAUUUGUCGGGGUUAUAGGUUCGUAAUGUACCAUAUACCAAACCACAUUUUAGAUU